AAGUAUCACUCCUGUAAUGGAUGAUGUAGCUAUGUCACCAGCAAGCACUGACAAAGCAACAGGUACAUCUAAAUAUGGUUCUUCUGAAAAAAGCUUUGAAUUAACUAGCAAGUUAUAUGAUCUACAAGAUGAAUUUGAUGAGGCGAUUCGAAUAACGAAAAAGUCAUUCAAAUCAAGUGAUCUACCUGAAAUCAUUGACUACCUCAUUACACACACAAUGUCACUACUUGGUCCUAACAAAAAACAAAAAACAAUUGCAGAAGAAAUUGCUCAAGCAGUUAAAGAAGAGUUUGAACACGUGAAAACGUUAUCAGAUUUAUUUACAUUAUUACACCACAAAUACAUAUCAUGGUUCAACUACAAGCUAAUGAUAAAGCUUGUUGGAGUAUUUCUACCCAAAAAUUGUUCGUUAAAGAGAACUUGGUCGUCAUAUGAAGAGAAGUUAAAGGAUUAUUUUAUAAACAGUGGUGGACUAUUGAAAGAUGCUGAUGCUGUACAGUUUGGUGUAAAAGGUGUUCCUCCUGGUACACGAGUAAUGAUUGCUAAAGUUGAUAGAGAUGACUACACACUGGAUGACAUAUUCUUCUUUCGUAGAGCAAUACCAAAAGGAUUGGAUAUUCCUGAAUAUGACCUUUACUUCAGUUUCGUCUACGAUGGCUCUCUCUGUUUGGGUUACCUCAUUCCUGAGUAUCUUUAUUCUUUAUUAUUUCCUCUAACUACAAAGCUACAGGAACAGUUAGCUAGGAUUGGUAUCACUGAAUUAACAUGUGGUGAUGAUAAAUAUGAUCUAAGAAAGUUCUCAAUAAAAGAGGUUAAGCACUCAUCCACUGAUAUUGGUAAGUACAUGAACUGACCUUUAGUCAAUCCCUCUUGUGGGCA